CAAAAAAAACAAAAGUUUGAAUUGAAUGCCACGAAGGGAGGGAAGGGAAGGAAAAAACUCCAAAAAAGAAAAUGGUGGACCAGACAAGUGACUCAGUGACUCACUCUCUGAGUCACAAAGAUAAAAUAGAAAGAGAAUGCAAUCGCACUAUGUCAAUUGCGGAUAUCUGUAGCAAUUACUUCACCCGGAUUAUCCCCAAUUCAAACUCUAAUUUUGCGAUUAGGUUUUUUUUUAUUGGGAAUCCAAAAACGGAAAUUGAGUGCUUCAAUUGAGGUCCAUCAAUGGCGGAAAUUGGGAAAACAGUGCUUAAUUCAGGAUGGUUAGCAGCACGAUCCACUGAUGUCGAUCUCACUGGAGUACAGCUUACUACUACUCACCCACCUUCUGGUCCUUCUUCUCCAUGGAUGACCGCCUUCGUCCCCGGAACAGUAUUGGCGACCCUUGUAGAGAAUCAGGUGCUGCCUGAUCCAUUUUAUGGUUUGGAAAACAAAUCAAUUAUUGACAUUGCUGAUUCUGGGCGGGAACAUUAUACAUUCUGGUUUUUCACAAAAUUUCAGUGUAAGCUGGCUGUGAACCAGCAUGUGGAUUUAAACUUCCGUGGCAUAAAUUACUCUGCAGAGGUAUACUUAAAUGGAUACAAGAAAGUACUUGGAAAGGGGAUGUUCCGUAGGCAUUCACUUGAUGUCACUGAUAUAUUAUCUCCUAAUGGUCAAAACCUUCUAGCUGUUAUUGUUCACCCUCCGGAUCAUCCUGGCAAAAUUCCUUCUUCAGGUGGCCAAGGUGGUGAUCACGAGAUUGGAAAAGAUGUCGCAGCCCAGUAUGUGGAAGGAUGGGAUUGGAUGACUCCUAUCAGGGACAGAAACACUGGCAUUUGGGAUGAGGUUUCACUUUCAACCACUGGGCCGGUUAAAAUAAUGGAUCCCCACUUAGUGUCAUCAUUUUUUGAUGACUAUAAGAGGGCGUACCUGCAUGCUACAGUAGAACUAGAAAAUAGGAGUGGUUGGGUUGCAGAAUGUUCAUUAAGCAUCCAGGUAGAGACUGAAGUUGAGGAUAAUAUCUGCCUGGUGGAGCAUCUUCAGACUCAACAACUGUCUAUCCCUCCAGGAGCACGUGUUCAGUAUUCAUUUCCUGAGAUUUUCUUCUACAAGCCAAAUCUCUGGUGGCCAAAUGGAAUGGGCAAGCAAUCCUUAUAUAAUGUCACUAUUGAUGUGGAUGUCAAAGGUUAUGGAGAAUCUGAUAUGUGGAACCAUUUGUUUGGAUUUCGCAAAAUUGAGAACUAUAUUGACAGUGCUACUGGUGGGAGGUUGUUUAAGGUUAAUGGAGAACCUGUUUUUAUCCGUGGUGGUAAUUGGAUAUUGUCAGAUGGUUUACUGCGGCUUUCCAAGAAGCGAUAUCAAACAGACAUAAAGUUUCAUGCUGAUAUGAACUUUAACAUGAUGCGCUGCUGGGGUGGGGGAUUGGCUGAGAGACCCGAAUUUUAUCAUUAUUGUGAUGUAUAUGGUCUGUUGGUGUGGCAGGAGUUUUGGAUUACUGGUGAUGUUGAUGGACGAGGAGAUCCUAUAUCAAAUCCAAAUGGUCCCUUGGACCAUGAUCUUUUUAUGCUCUGUGCUAGAGACACUGUCAAGCUCCUCAGAAAUCAUGCCAGUCUUGCUCUGUGGGUCGGUGGAAACGAACAAACUCCACCAGAUGACAUUAAUGCCGCUCUUAAACACGACCUUAGACUCCAUCCUCAGUUUGAGAAUGGCAAUGGAAAUUUCUCUUUGAUGGAAGAAAAUUCAUUGAUGUCUGGUGCUGAUCCUAGUCAAUAUCUGGAUGGUACUCGAGUUUAUGUUCAAGGGUCAAUGUGGGAUGGUUUUGCUGACGGGAAAGGAAACUUCACAGAUGGUCCUUAUGAAAUCCAGAACCCCGAAGACUUCUUUAAGGAUAAUUACUACAAAUAUGGAUUUAAUCCCGAGGUUGGAUCUGUCGGGAUGCCAGUUGCAGCUACCGUUAGGGCAACUAUGCCUAAAGAAGGUUGGAAGAUUCCAGUUUUUAAAAAGCUUGACAGUGGUUAUGUAGAAGAGGUGCCAAAUCCAAUAUGGGAAUAUCAUAAAUACAUCCCUUAUUCUAAACCAGGCUUGGUUCAUGAUCAGAUCCUACAAUACGGAACUCCAAAUGAUCUAGAUGAUUUUUGCCUGAAGGCUCAACUUGUUAACUAUGUACAAUAUAGAGCUUUACUUGAGGGAUGGACUUCCCAUAUGUGGAGUAAAUUUACAGGUGUCUUAAUAUGGAAAACUCAAAAUCCAUGGACAGGUAUGAGGGGCCAGUUUUAUGAUCACCUUCUUAACCAAACAGGUGGUUUCUAUGGAUGUCGUUCUGCUGCUGAACCCGUCCACGUACAGCUAAAUCUUGCAACCUAUUGUUUGGAGGUAGUUAAUACAACAUCAGAGCAGCUGUCUGAUGUAGCUAUAGAAGCCACAGUAUGGGAUCUGGAAGGAAUAUGCCCAUACUACAAUGUGCACGAGAGGCUCACGAUUCCCCCUAAAAAGACACUAACUAUUGCAGCUAUGAAGUAUCCAGAAUCAGAAAAUCCAAAGCCAGUUUAUUUCCUUCUCCUCAAGCUAUAUCGCAUGUCUGAUUAUGGUAUUCUAUCAAGAAACUUCUACUGGUUGCAUCUGCCUGGUGGUGAUUACAAGUUGCUUGAACCGUAUAGAAUGAAAAAAAUACCCCUCAAGAUAACAUCAAAAGUUUCCAGUCAAGGUAAUGCUUUUGAAGUAGUGAUGAAAGUCGAGAACACGUCCAAGAAGCCAAACCUUGAGAAUCAGUUGGACAAGAACAGUUUCUGCCAUAAAGAUGUCAAUGGUGACUGUGAUGAUAACACUCACAAUAACCAGCAAGCUAGUUUUUUCCAGAAGAUUAACAGAUGUUUUUCCCGGGAAAGUAACAGUUCAAGGGUUGUUGAAAUCAAUGGAGCAGAUGUAGGGGUUGCUUUCUUCUUGCAUUUCUCAGUUCACGCAUCGAAAAAAGAGAGCAAGGAAGGGGAAGACACAAGAAUUCUUCCUGUGCAUUAUUCUGACAACUAUUUUUCUCUGGUACCAGGUGAAAUCAUGUCAAUAAAAAUGGCAUUUGAGGUUUCCCCAGGUGUUACUCCAAGGAUUAGACUUAAUGGGUGGAAUUACGAUGACGACCUUACUGUUUUGUAAGUUGUGCUUAAAUAAUGUGAAUUUAAGUCAAGGUUCACUUUUUGAAAAAAUAGGGUUACUUUGAUUCUAAAAAUGGCUACAUCUAAUAAAUUAGUGUUUAGUUUAUUAUAAUCAAUGUAUGAACAAUGAACAUUAUGUAUGUAAAAUGGUUAAUAGAGGAAAUUGUACUUGCACUAA